UCUACGGAUCGCGCGACACAAGGUGUAAACAUGGGCCUUCCUGACAUAGACAAUAUACCCGAUACCGGAGCGGUUUUUACACUGGAAAGUGGAAGACUUUUUGUUUUUGGGAGCAACGAUUGGGGUCAGUUAGGUCUCGGCCAUAAGAAUCACGUCAGCAAGCCUUCGUGCGUGAAAACUUUGAAACCAGAAAAAGUAACUCAUGUAGCAUGCGGGAGAGCGCACACUUUAAUAUGUACAGGGGAAGAAAAGCUUCUGGCGUGUGGAAGCGAUCAAGAGUCACAGCUGGGUCGUGGACAAAUUUCAACCGGUGAUUGUUCCACCAUACCGGUAGUUAUCUACGACUGUGGAAAAUCUGGGCCCAAGAUUCUAGAAAUAGCAGCAGGGUCUCACCAUUCUUUGGCGCUUACGUCCGACGGUGGUGUUUUGGCUUGGGGCAGCAAUUUAGAGGGCCAACUCGGAUUACCUGGGACUUCUGGGCUGAUUAAUAAACCGACCAAAGUCAAUUUACCAGAGCCAAUUAAACACAUCAGCGCUGGAUAUUACCAUUCUGCUUUUCUUUCUGAGAGUGGAGUUAUUUAUAUUUGCGGAGAAGCCGAGAGUGGAAAACUUGGAAUUUCUUUGGACUUUAGGACUCAAAUCGCGCCAAAGUCGAUGCAAUUACCGGUAAAAGCUGUUUCUGUUGCUUGUGGUGGUCAUCAUACACUUAUACUCGGUGAAUCUGGAAAACUAUUCAUGUGCGGUGAUGGUCGUCAUGGUAAAUUAGGCCUAGAAGAAAAUGAAAAUAACGUCCAUGAGUUAACUCUUGCUGUUAAAUAUCAAGAACUUAUAGUAACAAAUGUUGCUUGUGGAGGAUGUCAUACAAUCCUGGUGGGUCAUAAAAAAGACAUGGAUAAUGAUGAUGAAAAAUCUAAAAUGAAAAUAAAUUCAUUACCACCAUUGAAAAUUCCGAAUAAUCGUAUGCAGAGUGAAAGUAAUGUAAAAGAAGAAGAUGACUCUAUUAAUGGAGGUACUGAAGACACUGAGCAGUUGAAUGAUAAAAAACUUGAAACUACUGAAGGUGAUAGUAGUCUAGAUAACGCUGAAAAAAAAUCAGAGACACAAAUAAAUUCAUCUGAGAAUGGAACACCGUUAUCGACGGAUAAACCUUUGGAGAUUGAUGACAAAUUAAGUAACGAUAAUAUUGACUUGGACUAUGAUAAUAACAUGAAGAAUGAAGAAGAUAAUACUGUAAAUAAUAAUAAUAAUUUUAAUAAUAAUAACAAUAAUAAUAAAAAUAUAGAAGAUGUAAUAAAAAGUAAUGAGGUAGAUGCGAAAGUAGAAGCAGAAACUAUCGCAGAAAGACCGACGUCUUCCAACGGGCAAUUGAGUAUAAAUAAUAAAGUAGAAGAUAAGAAAGAUGAAGAAAAAAGUGAUGAUAGUAUAAAGGAAAAUGGAGAUGAUAGUAUAAAAGAAAUGAGUAAUGAAGAAACGAUAAUUAAGAAGAAUUCAAUUGAUAUGUCACCGCCUCCGAAACCACCCCGACAAAAAAUAGACAGUGAAAACUCGGCGGUCAUUAAAAGCAAUCCUUCCUCGAGAGAAAGUAGUUCUAGUAGUAGAACUCAAAAAAAUAAGGUCGAACCGAGUGUUCCAACCGAGCCGAUUGCAAGUCACGAUAUUGAUAAUAAUGUAAAUAAUGAUGAUGAUGAUGAUGAUAAUGAUGAUGUUACUUCGAUAGUGUCGGAUAAUCAAAAAUCUUCGAGUAUAAAAAGUAAGUCUUCAGCAAGAUCUAAAGCUGAUACUGACGAGACAGUCGCUAUGGAUGAAACUAAAAUAUCACAAAGUAUUGCAACUUUGGAAAAAGAUAUAAAUAAUUUAAAAGAUAAUAUCGUUGGUCAAGUUGACGAGAAGGUUGAUAAGGUUGCUAAGGUUGCUGAUGAUAUUGAUAAUGUUAUUCGAUCGCCGCCACGCGCAGGUAAAAUAAUGAAUUUAUUUAAAAAUAAAAAACAAGUUGCAGACGAAAGCACAAAUUCUUCGAUUGAGCCGAUAGUAAAAGCUAAAUCAAAAACAUGCAGUAUCCUGUGA